AUGAACGCCGCCUCCCUCGGCGACACCGCCCUCCAACAGUCCGACCCCCACACCGCAACAAUUCACUACACGACCGCCCUCCUCACGCACCCCCGCUCGCCCAGCUACUUCAUCAAACGCUCAACAGCCUUCUCACGCCUAAAGCCCACACCGAACCUCUCCGCCGCCCUCCGCGAUGCCGAAUCCGCCGUUCUUCUCGCCCGCGAGCGGGGGAAACGCGAGCUGAUCGUCGAGGCGCAGAUGCGGAGAGCCAUCGUUUUGUUUCUCAUGGGGAGAUACGUUGCUGCGGAGGGGGUGGUAGGCGUGGUGGAGGGUAUGAUUGGAUUGGAUAAGGACGGUAAUGGUGGGGAAGAUAAGGAGGAGAAGGUGAGGAAGGCGAUGGGGGGUGGUGCUGGGAAGGGUAUUGAGGCGGAGGUGAGGAUUUGGGGGGCGAAGAUUAGGGCGAAGGUCAACGGUUUGGGCGAGCAGAGUGGUGAGCGUGGGGAGAAGGUGGAGGAGGUUCCGGUGGGGGUUAAAGUGCCGGGGGAGAAGGAGUUGAGGGGACAGUUGGAGGAGUUGAGGGGAGGGAAGGUUGGUGAGGGUAUUGGUGGUGAAGAGAAGCAGAGUCAGAAGGUUGAGGAUAAGGUGGAGGAGAAGGAGAGAGCUGAGGUCAAGGAGACUCAGCAGCAGCAGCAACAACAGCAGCAGCAGGUCAAGGUCCGUCAUGAAUGGUACCAGUCCGGUGAGACGGUUGUUGUGACGCUCUACGUGAAAGGCGUGCCCAAGGAUAAAGUGGCUAUUGAGCUGAAAGAGGACUCGACAUCCAUCCAAUUCCCCCUCCCCUCCGGCGCCGAAUACGACUUCACUCUCGACCCGCUCUUCGCUCCCAUCGACCCCUCCACCUCUAAAGUCUCCGUCUUCUCCACAAAGAUCGAAAUCUCCCUGCGCAAGAAAACUCCCGGCCAGAAAUGGAGCGCCCUGGAAUCUACCACCGGACCUGUCAUCUCUACUCCCCAGCCCACGGUUACACCCACCACUACCACCACACAAGCCCAAGCCCCAUCAUACCCCACCUCCUCCCGCCACGGCGCCAAAGACUGGGACAAGCUCGCCUCCAGCCUAACCCAGAAAUCGAAAAAGGACAAGACCAAGAGCAGCUCAAAGCCCAAGGAUGAACAAGGAGAAGGAGAAGAAGAUGAUGGAGAAGCAUCCGACGCCGAAUCCAUCAACUCCGACUUCGGAGGCGGUGAUGCCGUCGAUGGCUUCUUCAAGAAACUCUAUGCCAAUGCGGACCCGGAUACCCGCCGCGCUAUGGUGAAGAGUUAUGUGGAGAGUCAGGGGACGUCGCUGAGUACGAAUUGGGAUGAGGUUGGGCAGGGGCCGGUUAAGGUUAGGCCGCCUAUUUCUGAGAGAAAGGAAAGAGGGGAGCAAGAAAGAAUUGUUGGUUGA